UCUGAGCUCUCUAAAUAAGCUUAACCUGAGAAAAAUGAAAGUAAUUUCAACCAAGAAGUUUAUUCUGUUUGCUUUAGCUACAGUGGUCUUUCUAACAUCAACUAGUAUGUGCCUAAGUGAACCAAUGAAGUCCAGUCUGGAGAGCAGAGAAGAUGAUGAUAAAUAUUACGAGAUUAAAGAUAUUUUGGAAGAAAAGCAGAGGAGUCCCAAUUUUGAAGAAAUGGAAGACUGGGCAUCAAAAAAUACCAUUAAAAUGAACCCUUUUACAGUAAACAAGAUGCCAAAUUCAGUUGCUAAUUUACCUCUUAGAUUUGGAAGGAAUUAUCCAGAAGAAAGAAGCAUUAAACCAUUUGCUAAUUUGCCCCUGAGAUUUGGAAGAGGUUUUGGAGACAACAUACCUAAUCAUGCUCCAAAGGUAUCACACAGGCUUGGGAGAUCUCCACUUGUUAGAAGUUCCAGUCAAUCACUUCUAAAUUUGCCACAGAGAUUUGGGAAGUCACUGACUGUCAAUCAGGAAUCUGAACCAGGGAUAUGAAUUCUAACAGUCACAAUAAUACCGGGAUGAAAUUAUGAAGAUGAAAUCUGAAAGACUUGGAAAAUCUGCAAUGUGUAUUCAAAACCAAAAGUCAUGAAAAGGAAACGUGAACCGAAAUGUAAACCUGUCUUCAUGUUAUGAGUAAUAUAUUAAUUAUGUACAAACCUUUGACAUAUAAGGCAAUGAUAAUUGUAGUGAUUAUUGUAGUACUUUACUUCAGUGGCAGUGUAAUAUAAAUUCUAUUUACUUCUGUGCAACUCAUAUCCUGUUGGUUGUACAACCUAAUUUCAGAACAAUGACUGUAAAAUUGAAAGCAUUUUAAGCAAAAGAAGCAUAGUAUGAAUAAAGAUGCAUGGUUCAAAUAAAAAGAAACCUACAAUGUGAAUAACAAAGAGAAGCAGGAUCAAAACCCCCAGUAGCUUAAACAAAAUCAAGUAAAAUGUUGAGAAAGCAC